UUCUUGUAGGCGAGAAAUGGAAGAACUGAAAUCUCAAAAAUGCAGACUCACUGAAGAGCUACAACGUAAACAAGCUGAGGUAUCUCAACUGACUGCACAAGUGAAUUCUCAUGCAAUGCAUAUAAACUCUUUGAAGAAGGAUGCUGAAUUUUUGAAUUCCCUGAGGAAUGAGGUGAUGACUCUGAGGCAAGAUGUGGAUGUUUUUAAGAAAGAUGUAGAAAAUAAAGAUGCAGAAAUCCAUAAGUUGAAUGAUGCACAAUCUGAACACCAAAAAAAUAGUUUACAGUUGAAAAAAAUAGCAAGAAAAUACAAGCAGCUCUCUGAUGAAUUAAAAGCUUCCAAUGAUGCUUUAGAAGAAAAAUGUAAAGCUCUAGAAGAAAAAUGUAAGGCAUUAGAAGCAUCUAAGCAAGAAGAGUCAACACAAGAAAUGCAGAAAAAGGUUACUGAUAGUGAAAAAGAAGUAGUGGAGCUCAAAGAGGAAAUAAACAAACAAAAACAA